AUGGCAGUUGUAUGGUUCACAAUGGUUGUUCUUGAUGCAAUGACAGGCUUCCGUGUGGAAUUAUUAUGGCCAGCGUGGCUUAUGAUUCGAGCUGUUGUCGAAUCAGUUCAAUUAAGAAAUCAACAUUGUGUCACAACUAUUGCAAGCCCCUCAUCACCGAGGAUUUCAAUAAUGUUUGUAUGUAUAACAGCAACAUCAGAUCUAAUUUGUUACAUGUGCAUACCAACGCGAGUAAUCGUGUUUGUAGCCACAGCAUUCGUUUGGAUAGGUUAUCUACAUCAUUUGCAUGGUGGUUUUUUAAGAACAGCUGCCACUGUAUAUGGUGGAGACAAGUCACAAGCAUGGCCUAUCAUGAUUAUAACAUGCUGCAUAAUCAUAUUCGAAUUAUUUUUCAGGAUUCGAAGUCAACCGGUGCUUAUCGGCUUCUUUCCAAAUGUAGCAGAUUGGGCGGGAAUCACAGAAGUGUGGCCUCGAAGUUUGAAUGCUUUUUUUAGUGCACAUUCUAUCGGAUUUCCAGUUGUUAUGACGACAGUUCAAUUGAAUCAAUAUAUCGAUGAUUGGAAGUUGCGACGAAAGCAAGGUGAAGUGUCAUGUCAAAAUGAGCAGUUAUUUCGGAUACUUGUGGAAAGUCUUCCUGCUGAAUAUGAGGGACCUAAAGAUUAUACGUCUCAGCAUUGUUUAGAAGAAGGAAGUGAUCUGUACUAUCUGGAUCCACCCGUUCAAACAACACAUACCAUGCAAGCAAUUCAAGCAGCACCAAGUGCAACACCUCCUACGACAACAUCAAAAAAGAAUGGAAUACACAAGCGGAAUGGAGAAGUGACGUCAUCGACAACGACAUCAUCAAAGAAAAAGAAAAAUGGGAAUGGAUCGUUUAAUUCAACACCACCAAAUGACAAUAAGAAAAAGAACAAAACAAUACGAGGCACUGAUUUGGAUGAUUUGGACGAUUCAGAUGCAGAUGAUUAUACAUGGAGAGAUCAUUCUGGAACAGGAGAACAGAAAAGGAGUGGGGGAAUUUAUAUUCUACGACUGAUUUUCGGGGGCAUUUGGUGGAUUUUUUCUGCUGCAUUUGUGAGUUCAUCAUCUUCUGAAAGUUCUGCAACCCAUCGACAUGACGACGACGAUGACGAUGAAGAAGUUGAUUUGACAGAGAAAAAGAACGGACGAACUGAUUCAUUAACGAAUUCAACGACAACUACAAAAGGACGAGCGAAUACAAUGCCAUCAACAGCGAGGAAUCAGAAUAACAAUCAUCAUCAGCAGCAGCAGAAGCAUAAACAUUCAAAUGGGAAGAGUCAUCAUCAGAAUCAUAAUCAGAAGUCUAACGGAAAUGCUUCAAAUGGACACGCAAGGUCAUCAGGACUAUCAGCAGCAAUACGAGACAGUUCACAUGAUACAAAUGCAAGUAAUGAAGCUGAUAUACGAAAUAUGUCGAGAGAAUUAGAAUCAUUACGUGCUGAAAUAUCAUCAAGAAGAAGUUUAGAAGAGGACUACAAACUACAGAUUUCAAUGCACGAAUCCAAUGAAAACAGGCUAACACAACAGUUGUCAAAUAUGAAAUUAAAAGCAGAUCAGAUGGAAAUUAAGUAUUCGACACUUGAAAGACAUAGAGAAACUGAUAAGUCACAAUUGGAACAAUCUGAAAGAAAAUAUGCGGAUUUGUUGGGGAAGAAAGCCGAAAUUGAAGCAACCUUAAGUGCUGAAAGGAAGGCGAGAAUGGAAAAUGCUAGCAAGAAAUACGACGUGGCAGAGCAUCAACGCGAACGAGAACGACAACUGGAAUCGGAAAUUGAUAAGUUGCGAGCCGAACUCAAAUCGAAAGACGAAACGAAUAUGCGAAUGGAAUCAGAGUUACACGGACUGCGCAACUACAAGGAGGAGCAUGAUAUUGAGGCACUGAGUAUGGAACUUCGCUUUGUACGUGAUAAGUCCCUUCAAAUGGAAGAAUCAUUGGCUGGAGAAAACAAACUGAAACAGUCUCUUUUCAAAUGUCUUGGUGAUGCUCGGGAUACGAUAAAAUCAUUGGAACGUCGAUGUAAUGAACUGCAAAUGAAGAACGGAGGGUCUGGAGGAAGUAGUGAGACGUUGAUGAAUGGUGGACGUUCAUCAACUGAAGCUAAUAAUGAAAAUGAUACGACGGCCUCUGAUCAAUCUUCUCCCCAUCAACACUCUGCUAUGGGAUCACCAAUUCCAUUUGCCAAAAUGCCUCUUACUGUAAAUGUAUCGAACCGACAUGGAUCGCCAUUCAAUGAGAAAAUGUCUCCGAUUGCAUCAAUCGGAUCGGUAAUGGCUGCUGCUGGAGUACCCGCUCCACCUGAUUAUAUGAUGGCUGUUGGAGCAUCUGCUGCUUCUGUAGGAAGUGUUCCACAAAAACAGUCGAGUGUUGCGUUUCCUGGAAUCAGAUACAACGAGUUCACACAUAUGCCAACUGGAGGUGAACAUCGUCUCUUUGAUACACCUGCACUAUCCGCUCCAUCACCGAACGGAACUGACCCAGAAGAUGACUUUCUUUUAAAUAAAGGAAAAUUUGGAGCCCCCGCCCAACCUGCUGCUCGUCUCGCUUGA